GUCGAUGAAAUUAGCUAACAUAUAACUCAAAUCGAAUUGUUUAAAAGCUUGGUGAUAAUUGAAAGUUUUUCUUUUACUUAAACGGUGUAGUUCAAUUGAACCUGAAACAACUUUUUAAAAUGGCGGAUGGAGAAUAUGACAAGGAACAAUUGAGAAUCCUUAGGAACGCUUUCAAGGCUUUCGAUCACGACGGUGCAGGAUGGAUCGAGCACGCUGAUGUUUCUAGCAUUCUUGAAAUAUUAGGUCAGAAAUUGGAACCACCUGCGGUAAAGGCACUUAUCAAAGAGGUAGAUAAAGGAACAACUGGUAAAUUGGAUUUUAGCCAGUUCUGCAAACUGGCAGCUCGUUUUAUUGAAGUUGAGGAAGAUGUGGGAGCACUUCAAAAUGAGUUAAAAGAGGCCUUUCGUGUAUAUGAUAAAGAGGGAAAAGGAUACCUGACUGUUGCAACACUAAGAGGCAUUCUUCACGAAUUGGACGAUAAGAUUUCUAACCAAGACUUAGAUUCGAUCAUAGAAGAAAUUGAUGCGGAUGGGUCUGGCACGGUUGAUUUUGACGAAUUUAUGCAAGUUAUGACAGGUUAACCUCUAUUGCUCUGUUUGACAGGCUUUUGAAGAGCUCAGAAAUGGCUACCCAUAGGCGUUUUAUCAAAAAUAUUAAAAGUGAAUAAUAGCCAUUUGUACUUAGUCAAAUAUUAUAAAUAACAUCUUAUUAAAACGUAUUAUCAUUAUA